AUAAACACUAAACUAAUGGAUAAAUGGGUCAAAAUAAUCACGCGCUGCUGUAUUAUAAGAAACCAACACUCUUCUAACGGUCCAACCUACACACAAACGCCACAACAGACAGAAUCCGAAUCACUUCCGCUUUCUCUCUCCACCGCCACCAAACUGUCGGCAGAGCUCCGAACAGCCGUGGUGCGUACAAUGCAGCUCAAACUUAGCUCAAAUCUGAGGCUAUUCUGCUUCGGCUUGGCCUUGAAACUCGCCCUUCUGCCAACUGCAGCGGGACAACUUCAGCACCAUACCCUCGACAUGCAUUGGUAUCCUGGAACCGCCACCUGGUACGGUGACCCCAACGGAGACGGAAGCACCGGUGGAGCGUGUGGAUAUGGUACAUUGGUGGACGUGAAGCCAUUGAGGGCGAGAGUAGGGGCGGUUGGUUCAGUACUGUUUAUGAAAGGGGAAGGUUGUGGUGCGUGUUACAAAGUGAAGUGCUUAGAUAAUAGCAUAUGUUCAAGGCGAGCAGUUACGGUCAUAAUCACCGACGAGUGCCCUGGCUGCCCCACUGACUCCACCCACUUUGAUCUCAGCGGCGCUGCUUUUGGACACAUGGCUAUCUCCGGCGAGAAUGGUCAGCUCAGAAACCGCGGUCAAAUUCCUGUCAUUUACCGAAGAACUCCGUGUAAAUAUCCAGGGAGAAAAAUUGCCUUCCAUGUUAACGAAGGUUCCACGCCAUUUUGGUUAUCACUUCUGGUCGAAUUUGAAGACGCAGAAGGAGAUAUAGGCACCAUGCAUAUAAGAGAAAAUGGUUCUAGUGAGUGGCUGCAAAUGAAUCAUGUGUGGGGUGCAAAUUGGUGCAUUAUUGGGGGACCUUUAAGGGGACCAUACUCUGUUAAACUCAGCUCUUCCACUGGUAGAACCCUAUCUGCUAGGGAUGUUAUUCCUAGCAAUUGGGUUCCAAAGGCCACUUACACUUCUCGCCUAAAUUUCUACCCUUAAAACACAUCCUUUGCAAUCAAGGAUCCUUCCUAUAGUGGGUAAGUAAUAACCACAUUUUACCUAGUUUAAUUAAUUAAAUGGUCACGUCCCAUAACACAAAAAUAGUAUUCAUGGGUUCCCAACCCUCUUUCUCUUAGUUUGCUUUAUACACUUGUAUUUUUCAAAAAAGAAAAGUAGCCAUUAGAUUGCACAAGGGCAUUCAAUGGUAUUUCCCUUUUCUUGUUUCUCUUUUUUUGUUUCCAUACCUAAUUUUAUGGUGUGUUACUUGUGGUAGUAAAUGUCAUAUGUAGCCCUCUCCAAAAUCGGAGAGAGAGCGGGUAGGGUAGUAUCCUUAAUUUUAUAUGGAGUUGAAUGUGUGUACUGAGCCAGUUAGGCCUUUAAUGAACAUUUAUAUCCAAACCUUUGAAUGUCUUUAAA